GAAAAGUAGAUGGGAACUUAGUCUAGUCUAGAUCUACAAGAACAAUCCCUCAAGUUUAUGCAUAUUACCUGCGUACGAUCGGAACCUGAGCGGUCAAUGGGGGAAACUAAAGUGAAGGUGGCAGUGCGAAUAAGACCGCUGCUUCAGAAAGAGAUCCUGCACCAGCACGACGUGUGCGUGCGCCUGGUACCGGGUCACCCGAGACAGGUCUUACUGGGCAACGACCGCGCCUUCACCUUCGACUUCGCCUUUGGACCGACCGCCCAGCAGGACGAGGUUUACAGCUCCUGCAUCAAACCCCUUGUAACCUCUCUCUUGGAAGGAUACAAUGUCACGGUAUUCGCAUACGGACAGACCGGAUCCGGAAAGACAUACACCAUCGGUGUCUCCACUCCUGAAGGAGGGAGUGGCAUUAUCCCCCGGGCCACACAGGAGAUUUUCCUCCGCAUGGCCGCCAGCCAGGGCACACGCUUCUCCGUGAGGGUGUCCUACAUCGAGGUCUACAGGGAGGAGCUCAGGGACCUUCUGGAGCUGGACACGUCUUCAAAGGACAUGCACAUCCGAGAGGAUGAGAAGGGAAACACAGUGGUGGUGGGCGCUCAGGAGAGGGAGGUGGAAUCGGUGGAGGAGCUGCUGACCCUGCUGGAGGCGGGCAAUGCCGUGCGCCGCACAGGUGCCACCCACAUGAACGAGCACUCCAGCCGCUCGCACGCCCUGCUCACCAUCGCCGUGACGCAGCGCCGCCGCGACGCCGCUGCCGCCCGCGCUAUCUCCUCCAAGUUCCACCUGGUGGACCUGGCCGGCUCGGAGCGCAUGGCCCGCGCGGGCAACACCGACCGCCACUUCAAGGAGUCGGUGCAGAUCAACAGCGGGCUGCUGGCGCUGGGCAACGUGAUCCGGGCCCUGGGCGACCCCCGGCGGCGUGGCCAGCACGUGCCGUACCGCGACGCCAAGCUGACGCGGCUGCUCCGCGACUCUCUGGGCGGCAACGCCCAGACGCUGAUGAUCGCCUGCGUCAGCCCGUCCUCCCGCUGCCUGCAGGAGUCGCUCAGCUCGCUCAUGUUCGCCAGCCGCGCGCGCGACGUCCGCAAUCGGCCCGUCGUCAACUGGGACGUGGGCCGCGAGCGGCUGGGCGCGCUGGAGCAGGAGGUGCGCAGCCUGCGGGAGGCGCUGCGGGACCAGGGCGGGGCCAGCCUCACCGACCGCUCCAGCCGCCUCUCCCAGGACCGGCGGGACCAGAGCCGGAUUCAGACCCUGCAGGACCAGCUGGCCCAGUGCAGGCAGGAGUGCCUCCAGUAUCACGCCCUCACUCAGGAGGCUGCCGAGCUGCUGUUCAAGCAGCAGGACUCUGCCCUCGGGGCUGCCCACGGCCACGCCCUCCGCCUGCAGGAGUGGCUGGAGACGCUGAGGCGGGUACAGAGAGAAGGCCACACCCACCUGGCGCUCUCUGAGGAUGAGGCAGGGGAGGAGCCUCAUAUCACCAUCCUCCAGCUGCGGCGAGAGCUGAAGAAGUGCCAGGAUGCUUUGGCUGCUGAUGAGGGGGUGUUCUCCCAGAGAGAGCUCCAGCUGAAGCAGCUGCAGGAGCAGAGCGACACUCUCCUGGCGACCCUGCAGGAGGAACGGAACCGGAGCCGGCUGCAGAGUGAGAAGCUGGUGGAGCAGGAGCUGCUGAUUGGUCGUCUGAGGGAACUCGUGACCUCCAGGACCUGCACCUCCACCCAGAGGCCCUUCAGCGUCCCUCUGACCAGUCAAGCGCAGGGAGAGUUGCGUAACUAUGGCAACACAGACGUCAGGAAGGUGCAUAGCAGUCCUCCUGCCUACUCUCUGGAGAGGGUGAUGGCGUGCUUUAAGAUGCGCAGCCAGCUGCUGCAGGCCCAGAUCGAGGAGGGAGACGAGGUCCUGCAGCAGCUUGACGAGGAAGAGCAGGGGGGCAAAGAAGAGGAAGACCAGAGCAGGGCCUUCAGGCGCUCUCUCAACCUCACCUGGACACGAAAACGCAGCAACCGCCCGUCACGCAUGCCAGCAGAGAGGUCCCUACAGCUCCACUGGAACAUGCCACAACAGACCACACCCCCUGCAGGUGACAGUCCCUGUGUGACAGUGGAAGCUGGCUCUUGUGACGACCCCUGCACGGGGCCGGAGUCUGCAGAGGUGCGAGCUUUGAGGCAGAGUCAGAGAGUGAACCUGCAACGUCUGAAGGAGGCGGAGCUAAGGCACAGCCACGCCCAGCAGAGGAUCAAGGAGCUGGGUGUGAACAUCUGUCUGAAGAAGAGUCUCAUUGAAGAACUGGUCAAAACUGGGAAGCAUGCCGAGGCAGUGGAUGAUCACUCCAGGAUUUCCCUGCAUGACCAGAAGGGACAGAAGAGUGCAUUACAGAGGGAGGGGCAGGCCCUGGCAGCGCUGUACCUGCAGACUGAGAAGAGGCGGGCAGAGCAGGAGCGCAGCGUGGAGCUGAUGAAGAAGGAGAGGGAGACGCUACAGCGCCACCUGCAGGAGGAGGAGAGCAGGAGGAGCAGGAUACAGCAGGAUCUAACGUGUGACCGCCAAACCAUCACAGAGCUGCAGAAGAGAGCUCUGAGAGAGAGCAUGGAGGGGAAGAGUGACCACAUUUCCUCAGCAGCACAGAAGCUGGAAGAGCAGCAGAGGUGGCUGGACCAGGAGGAGGAGAGAGUCCUGCAGCAGAAACGUGCCCUGGCAGAGCUGGAGGAGGAGCUGAAAUGCAGGGAGGAGAUCAUCAGCCGGAGGGAGUCUCUCUGGCAGGAGAGGAGCCAGCUGGAGCUGAAGAAACUGAGAUCCAGUCAGGUUCUGGAGCAGGACUUGCUGGAUGUGUCCUCUCGGCUUGGGGCAGUGGACAGGGAGCUGGAGGAGAAGUGCGGUCAGGAAGAAGUCGGUGCUGUGGAGGUCACAGGGUCACUGAGCCUCCGUGAGGAGAGACGCCAGCUCUGUAGAAGGAGGGACAGCCUGGACUCACGGCUGCGGGACGGCAACGUGCUCAGCACCGAGGAGGAGCACACACUGUUCCAGCUGGAGGAGGCCAUUGAGGCGCUGGACACCGCACUUGAGUACAAAAGCCUCUCCAUCAGGAGCAGGCAGAGGACAGUGGCUCUGAAUACAGGCUCCAGCCACAGGGACAUCAUGGCCAAACUGAGCACCCUGUCCCCUCCAGAGACACAAGCCCUGCUCCUUAUGUACUUCAACAAGGUGGUGUGCUUGAGGGAGGGAGAGAGGAGACUACAGCUACAUUGUGAUGAGCUGGAGCUGCAGCUGCAAGAGCAGGAGGGUGUGGUCAGGGAGCUGGAGGCUGCUCUCCAGCGCCUCACGCUGGACACGGACCGCCGGCUCACAGAGCAGCAGAGAGAGCACCAACAUAAUGUGCAACUGCUUCUGCAAGAACUCAGAGAGGGUGGGAGUGAGAGAGAGCAGGAGGCACUGAGGGUGCGCGAGGGGAAGAUACAGAAGCUGGAGAAGGAGCUCUUCUUUUACAAGUCAACAAGUCGCCAACUGAAGAAGAAGCUGAGAGAGCUGGCACACCCUGAGACCUCACAGGCUCCGGCCACCAGAGGGAGUGACCUGGACGUCCCUAGCGUUAGCACUGUGAAGGAGAGCACUGGCAGCAUUAGCGGCGCGAAGGAGAGCGCUGGCAGCUCGCUGGGGGAUGUCCAGGCCCACAGCGUUAACCUGGAGGAGACUCCACCCAGCAGCAGCCAGAGCAGAUGGCGAGUGGGUGAGGAGGCACUGGGGAGGCGUGGCGCUCAGUGGGCAGAGUCGGCCUCCGUGAGGGUCUCUCACAGACAAGUGCGCCAGAUAUCGCCUACAGGCCUGCACACACGCCUCACCUGCCCGAGUGCCGGCAGCUCCUCCUUCCAGGAGGACUCCAUUGAGGUGUCACACAAAAGCGAGUGAUGUCUAGAGCCGACUGAGCCCAGGGAGCAGGGGGUACCUGUGGGAGCACCCCCAGCAGCUCUCUGCUCCUCAGUUCUGAGUACCUGCUGUUCCCCCAGGCUCUUCUUAUGGUUCCCAUACAGCCUGGUCUCUGUGCAGUGAUGAAUAUGGGCAGCCAAUGUAACUGGCAUUUACCAGGACUGAGCUCAUCUGUCACUGUUCGCGUCCAUCUGUUUUGCCACUUGUACAUAUGACAAAUUUCUGUCUGUGAAGGGCAGAAUAUCCACAAUAAACGUCACACAGGCUUUUGUCAUUUCACCUCUCAUGCACUCAUCAGUGACCCCUGACCCUCAAAUCCUGUGUGGGGAGACAAGCACUCAUCACAUUCCAAACUCAUAUUUUCCCUCUGGGGAGUUUUUAAU